GCAGCAGAUGUUCGCGCGCUGAAGCCAAUAUAUCCACCGUUCUCUUUACCGGAGCAAGUGUUCUGCAGCGGACAGCGAGAAGACGAAGAAGAGUGAGGACGUUUGCUCUCUCUCUUCACACGUCUGGAGUGUGUGUGUAUGUGGGUGAGUGAGCUGAAGAAAUUAGAGUCGCGUAUUUAUUUACCACACCUGUGAUGCGCUGCCGUCUCUGAGCAACGAAGACGCACUGAUGGCCAAGGUACAGGAAGAGGAUAUGUGUUGAAAGAGGACUUAUAAAUGCGCUGAUCCGUGUAAUAUCACGAAAACUAAACCUAGACAGACAGCAGAUACUCCUUGCAGCUCAUUCAUCAGAUAUUACUGACUUAAACGUGAACGAGAAGGUGAUAAAGAUGCCGUUACACCUGGGUCCCUUUGUCCGCUGGAGAUCCGGGCUUGUACUCACAUGGAUCUGCUUGUUUUCGUCCGGAUUUACCUUCACUGGUGGAGAGCACGCGGCCACUGUAACACAUCCGCUUCCUGCGGCCUUCUCCGACCUGCUGCCACACUUCCUGGUGGAGCCUGAUGAUGUUUAUAUCGUUAAGAACAAGCCAGUGACCCUCACCUGCCGCUCGACCCCUGCCACUCAGAUCUACUUCAAGUGCAACGGCGAAUGGGUUCACCAGGAUCAGCACUUGAUCGAGCGUGACGUGGACCCUGCCACAGGACUGCCGGUGAUGCAGGUGAAGAUUGACAUCUCCAGACAGCAGGUGGAGAAGAUCUUCGGUCUGGAGGAUUACUGGUGUCAGUGUGUGGCCUGGAGCACUACAGGAACCCAGAAGAGCCAAAAGGCAUAUGUGCGCAUCGCCUAUCUGAGGAAGAACUUUGAGGAGGAACCGCUGGGUAAGGAAGUGGCACUGGAUCAGGAAGUCCUUCUGCGCUGUCAUCCUCCUGAAGGUGUUCCUCCUGCAGAGGUGGAGUGGCAGAGAAACGAGGAGCUGAUCGACCCCAAGACUGACCCCAAUUUCUUCAUCACGGUGGACCAUAAUCUCAUCAUCAAACAAGCCCGCCUGGCAGACACAGGCAACUACACCUGCGUGGCCAAGAACAUUGUGGCUCGACGAAAGAGCUCCUCGGCUACUGUGAUUGUCUACGUGAACGGUGGCUGGUCCACGUGGGCCACAUGGUCGGCCUGCAGUGCUGUCUGCGGUCGGGGGUGGCAGAAGAGGAGCCGGAGUUGCACCAACCCCACUCCCCUGAACGGCGGGACGUCCUGCGAGGGCCAGAGUGUCCAGAAAAGUGCCUGCACUGCCACCUGUCCAGUGGACGGAGGUUGGAGCGAGUGGAGUAAAUGGUCGCCAUGUGGAGCCGACUGCACCAUGUGGAGGAGCAGGGAAUGUACCCAACCAACACCCAGCACGGGUGGGAAAGAAUGCCAGGGGCUGGAUCUCCAAUCUCUCAACUGCACCAGUGAGCAGUGCCCACAGACGGCAUCCGGUGCUGAGGAUGUGGCCUUGUACGUGGGAAUCGUGGCGGUGGCUCUUUGUCUGACUCUGCUGCUGAUUGUACUGGUGCUGGUCUACCGCAGGAAGAAGGAGGGUCUCGAUGCAGAUGUGGCCGACUCCUCCAUCCUCACCACUGGCUUCCAGCCCAUGGGCAUCAAGCCCAACAAGCCAGGUGUGUGGGCACCGCGCAGGGCCGCCCGCAGCAAAAACUCGCAUUUGCUCACCAUCCAGCCUGAUUUGACUACCACCACCACAAGCUACCAGGGAACACUGCGUUCUCGCCGCGAAGUCACCGGAAAGUUCUCCGUGAGCAACGGCCCCCUCCUGGAGCCUCUUCCUAACGGCUCGCACACGCUGCACAACGGCAAACUACCCAGCGACCCCAACGACUUCAUGAACCGCCUGUCCUCUCAGACGUAUUUCAAAACGCUACCGAGAGACAACGUAAACACCUCUUACGGAACUUUCAAUUUCUUGGGUGGUCGCCUAACCCUCCCCAAUACUGGAAUCAGUCUGCUCAUCCCGCCAGAGGCCAUUCCCAGAGGGAAGAUUUAUGAGAUUUAUCUCACCAUUCAGAAGAAGGAAGACAUGAGAUUGCCCCUGGCUGGAUGUCAGACGUUGCUGAGUCCCGUGGUGAGCUGCGGACCGCCUGGUGUGAUGCUCACCCGGCCGGUCAUCCUCAGUAUGGACCAUUGCUUUGAUGCAUGUCUGGAGAAUUGGGCCAUCCGUCUCAAGAAGCAGUCAUAUGAGGGAACGUGGGAGGAUGUACUUCAGCUUGGUGAGGAAGUGGUUUCGGAGCCGUACUACUGCCAGCUGGAGGCGGAGACGUGCCGGGUGUUCACUGAGCAGCUGGGCCGCUUUGCUCUGGUCGGGGAGUCCCUCAGCAUGGCUGCUGCUAAACGCUUAAAACUGCUGCUGUUUGCUCCCGCCUACUGCUCUACACUGGAGUACAACAUCCGCAUCUACUGCAUGGACGACACACAGGACCUGCUCAAGGAGGUGAUGCAGAUGGAAAGACAGCUGGGAGGUCGACUGAUUGACGAGCCUCACGUCCUGCUCUUCAAAGACAGCUACCAUAACCUGCGCCUCUCGAUACACGACAUGCCCCAGGCACACUGGAGGAGCAAACUACUCGCCGGCUAUCAGGAGAUCCCGUUCUAUCACAUCUGGAGCGGCUCUCAGCGGACCCUGCACUGCACCUUCACACUGGAGAGACAGAGCCUGAGCACCUGUGAUCUCACCUGCACGCUGUGUGUGUGGCAGGUCGAAGGAGAAGGACAAAGCAUCGCCCUGGACUUCAACAUCUCGAAGGACAUCAGACCACUGGACUCUGAUUUCCUGUUAAUGGACAACUGCACCCCUGCCCUGGCUGGUCCGAGCGCAUUCCAGAUCCCUUACCUCAUCCGACAGAAGAUCUGCAGCAGUCUGGACACCCCCUGUCCCAAUGGAGCAGACUGGAGACUACUGGCCCAGAGACUGAAGCUUGACAGGCACAUGAGUUUCUUUGCAUCCAAAGCGAGCCCCACAUCAGUGAUUCUGGACUUAUGGGAGACCCAGCACUUCCACAGCGGUAAUCUCAAUCAGCUCGCCGCUGUGAUGGCUGAGAUUGGGAAGCAGGAGGCCAUGAUAUUCCUGGUCUCAGACGGGGAGUGCUGACACAUUAAAACUCUGAGUGAUGGGGUGGGGGAAGGACGCGACCCUCUGCCCGCCCCACCAUAGAUGAGAAACAAAUCAAAGAACAGGGUUUACCCAACUAUAUGAGGCCACUUCCCCAGUGAAUAGGGAAUAAAAGAAAAAUAAAGAAAAAAAUAAAUAAAACAAGACCAGGCUCAGGAGGAACCUGGCAGGGCUUUUAGAUGUACUGUGACUGAGACAAAUGCCCCUUUCUCAGAACAAAAAUCCAUUUGUUUUGAAAAUAAUGGUGUAUAGAAAUUCCCAGAUUCUGUGAUUCUGGUCCUGCCCUCAAUCACUGACCAAUAUGUACUUUCUAACCACAUUUGUGUUAGGCACAUUGAUAUAUUAAUAUCAGACUGGAAACUAAAACGAAUCGGUUUGAACGAUAUCAAGCGGAAAACGUACCCUAUGUAGGUAAGGUGAAUAUUUAGCGAACUUAUUCAGAUUUGUGACAUGCAUUUUGUAAAUGUGUACCAUUUAGCAAUAUGCAAACCCACAUAUCGAUGACAAUUUCCUUUGGCCGACACGGUUCUUACCUCACAAAGCAUUUAAAAUUUUAGAGCAUUUGCUAAAUUUCAGGUCGAAAACAUGAAGGAAGUAAAGCGUUUUUGGUGAGAGCCAUCACUUGUUCCUCUGCCCCUGUGCACUUAACGUGUGUGUUCAUGAAGCCAUAAAGUCCAAAAUUCACCUCAAUGCAAUGAUACAUGUUUUGAUCCGGGUGGAUAAUCAGUAAAUAAGCACAGCUUAGCUGCUGAAGAGAUGGGUGAUCAGGGACCUCAAAAUGUUUGCCUAGCUGUUUUAAAGAACAUUGGAGAAUUUUGAGAAUAGGGUUCAGAAGUUCUGCAAAGCAUUUUUCCACGGCCGUCUUAUGUCAAUAGAACCCUUUUGAGACUAGAACUCUCAUCCGAGUCCAUAGAAUCCCUCGUUUAUGAAGGAGAAAAUAAAAAUAAAGAAGUUCCGCGUUGGAAAGGUUUUCUUCUUUUAUAAACAGAAAAUGCAAUACUACCAAAUGUUUCAUUGCUAUUCUCCUUCAUAUUUAAUGAGUCUACGUUUCUCUGAAAGCCAUUUUGGCUUCAGGGCAGUUUCUUAGUCAUAGGAGAAAGAAUAUUUUCAUCACCCCCCAAAAAGCAAGUGUUCCAUCCAAGAAAACUUCAUCGACACCCAGCAGCUGUCGUAUUUUUCUAAAUUCCUCCAUCACACAUGUGCUUUGUUUCUGCAUAACUGUCACACCCUGUUGAACGGCAACACGCCAUGAAUGUGCAUUACACAGUUUGAAGAUUGUCAGAUUAUUUUCGUGUGUGUUUGAAUGUGAGACUAUUUCAUUCCAAAUGAAGGAUGAUUUGUGAGAAACUCUGGAUCAUAAAUUGGCCGCUUUCAUCUCGACCAGUAAUGACGGCCAUGUCUGGAGACGAUUGGAGGAGUCCUGCACGUUCUCUCCGCAGCAAGUGGAAAUACACAGGCCUGUUUCACUCAGCUAACAGAGAACUCAAGUUAAAGGCCAAAUUGUGCACACGGUUUUCUUUUUUUUAAUGCUUUUUUACCAUGUUCCACUCUGUGAUUUCUGUUAAACAGUUAACCAGUCAGCUAUUUUCUUUUCUUUGUUUUUAAUCUACAAAAGUCAUCAUUGUCUUGUAGAUAAGUACUUUUCAUGUGACGCAUCUUUGCGCAACCAAAGUGUAUGAGCCAUCUGGAUCAUUUAUUUCAGAUUCUAACACGUUCCUAAAUUCAACAUGCAUCGAUUUUUCUUUCAAGAUCUCAUGACUUGUUCAUUUUGAGCAUUUCACUGGUAAAACAAUUUACAUAUUUAAUACAGCACUUUGUAAAGUAAUUGUAAAUGAUAUUUUAAUAACAAGCCAAAAAAGACAAGUCAACUGACGUAACAUUUGUCAAAGUAUAACCUGUGAAGUGUUUGCCUACUGUUCAUUGGUUAUAUAGCACUGAGUUGAUUCUUUCUGCAGUGUUUGCGGUUUAGACUGUUUUCGCCAUAAGUUUGUACACCGUCGUUUUGUUUCGUCCUGAGGCUGUUGGUUUAUGGGUAAUUGAUCCUCAACACUACGUCAUGAGAAAACAGACGCACCAGUAAAUAAUACUUCUGUCAGAGUAUUUAGACAAAGAUUUGGUGCAAAAAUUGUCAAAUUCCUAACACUCAGGUUUACAAACAGUUCAGAUGAAAUGGACACGUUGCGCAUUUCUGAAUAUCUCGGAGUGCGCAACGGAUUUCUCAUCAAUGUUGUUCUUUUUCACUGACAUAAAAAUCAUGAGCUCACAAAGUCAGCUUGUAACACUGAAUAAAGCAGAUGCCAUGAUAUUCACGAAAAUAACCACCGAUCUCUCUUUAUGACUGUACAUUUUGUCAGCCUCAUUCAUAGCUGUUCUGUGUAAAUGAACGUGUGAGAGUGCUCUUUCGUUCUUUUUUUAACUGAAAACCGUAGAAUUGUGUUUCCUGUGAAUGUUCAAUUCGAUUUCUUAAUUCAAUGUUCCUUGCCUUUCUGCAAGUCAAAAUGCUGUAUUUAUUACAUGCCACAGCGCUUAUGCAAUUGUACAAUUGUUUUCUAUUACUCUUUUUCUUUUCCUUUUUUUGGUAAAGUUACUUAUCAUUUUUCUCGUCAAUGUAAAUUGUCGUCGAUGAGUUUGUGGUAAUAGAAAGCCCUCUUCUGCAGAAGGCUUUCUGUACUUUUUGGACAAUGGUAUGGAUUUGUGGGUAGAAUUUUGGAAAUUCGUUUCUAAGUGCUUUCAAGUAUUUACUUGGCCUUAUGUAUAUAUCUCUCUAUGAAAUUUCAGAAAAGGUAUGUAUAGUAAUUGAACCUAAAAUGGAUGUAAAUAAAUUAUAUAUUGUUAAAAGAGAGUUGAGUGAUUUGUGCUCGCAACAUCUACAAUAUUUCAUGACACAUUUUACAUUUGGAUCCAAUUAGC